AUGGUAGCGCCAUAUCUGCACUUCUACUUUGCUCGCGACCUGCUUGCCAAACAUAAAAGCAGAUUACAAUCUCAGAAAGAACACAUCAACCUCCUCCUUGGAUACUUGUCCAACGAAUUUGGCUCUGAGUUCAAGGAAGCCGAGGAUCUUUUCUCCAGAGGACUUGUGACCAGAAAGCAUUUUCACAAGUUAUUUGGGCCAAGAGAGGUCCUGGCCACCAUGAACGGAGCAGGCCAUCAGAUUGCUAUGGUUUCCAGAUAUCCUCCCUUGCCAGGCUCGGACCCCAUUAGAGUUGAAUGCGAGAUAAUGGACUUUAACGGCAGCUUUAAAAACGGCCGCUACAUGGUCGACGUCGAAACUUAUCACCGUUCUUGUGGAGAAAGCAAAUCUGAAGAUCCCAACACAGAUGAAUUCGUUGCACAACUCCGUAUAACAGACUUUGACCAGUUCACUCCCCCGCCUACUGAAGAGUUUGUUCUCUUAAUGCCACCAACCAUCUAUGGCUUUGGCUUUCAUGAUAAGCAGUGGAGAAAGCUCGAUGUCAGAUUCACAGCAGAGAUCCUUUGGAACGAUCGUGUAUUUGAGAUGCUGGUCCUCCUCCAAGAAGAGAAGGACAUACUCAGUGCCUCAGUUCUGAAAUCUACAUCAUCACAUGAACUCGAGAUCGUGAGUGGUCGAGGGCCCAGCGUGGUGAUACUAUUACAUGGUGAACACGGAACAGGCAAGACGUUCGCAGCGGAAGCCCUAGCUGAACUAUCAAGACGGCCAUUAUACCGAUUAACCUCUAGUGAUAUUGGUAUUGAACUCAAAGAAGUCGAGCGGAACCUCAGUGAGGCUUUCUAUCUUGGCGGUAUCUGGGAUGCAAUUAUGCUAAUAGACGACUGCGAUGUCUACUUGGAAAGAAGAGGGGAAUCCGACUUUUCGCGCAACGCAGUCGUAUCCUUCGUUCUUCAAGCAUUAGACUACCACCAAGGUAUUAUCAUUUUAACAUCAAAAGGAUCUUUUCUGGACCCUGCUCUCCGGCCUCGAGUUCAUGUAUCCUGUGACUUCAAUCGUGAUGACGAUUAG